UUGCCGCCACGAACUUGAGUGGCGUCCAAAACUAUCGUGUCGCAAAGGUUUCGCUUUUAUUCUGGGCGCGCGGUUUCUUUACUCCCCAGUGAGCUUCGUGGCGUUCCCUGUGUUUGGCCAGAACAGAAAGGAAAACUCCGUAGGCUCUCGGGGGUGUUCCACUGACACUGGAAUUCCUUUGAACGUCAGACCGUAGUUUCCCCUACGCAACAUCCGUCGCGCACUGGCCCCGGAGCGUCGAAGGGAGAGCGCCUUUUCCUACUUUGGCAGUGAUGGUGUACAGUCUCGACCCCGUGUCUCGGUGCAAGGAAGAGGAGAAGAAACCUAGGAGAGCCGAAAAAAGUUGUGUGCAGUACCGCCAUGUGUUGGUGGCUCUGGGAUUCCUGGGCCUGGCCAACGUGUAUGGAAUGCGCGUCAACUUGAACGUGGCCCUUGUGGCCAUGGUGAACCAUACUGCCGUCCAAGAAACCACCUUGCCCAGUGACUGUCCCCUGCCAGCUUUAGACGCUCCAUCUUACAACACUUCGAAGAGUCCUUCGGGGGCAAGGGACGGCCCUUUCAUUUGGGACCCUGUGUUGCAAGGCAUAGUGCUGGGGUCGUUCUUCUACGGCUAUAUCAUCACACCUAUUCCCGGAGGACGAAUGUCCGAAGCAUUCGGCGCAAAAUGGCUCUUUGGCUUGGGGACCUUCUUCACUGGUCUCCUGUCACUCCUCAUACCGGUGGCUGCGUACGCCGGAGAGGGCUACCUCAUCGCCGUCCGCGUUCUUCAGGGCAUUGGCGAGGGCGUGACGUAUCCUGCUAUCGAAGCCCAAGUGGCCCAUUGGAUUCCCAUCAACCAACGUGCAACGGCAGUGUCCCUAAUCCAUGCCGGAGGUUUCUUCGGCGUUGCUGUCGGCAUGUACAUCUCUGGGCUCUUGGCAGCAACCGACUUCCUGGGCGGUUGGCCCUCCGUCUUUUACGUAUUCGGUAUUUGGACUUGUAUAUGGUUCGUACUGUGGGCCGUUUUCACCUCCAAUACCCCGGAUGAACACCCAUGGGCUGGAAGCGAAGAAAUCCUCAUGAUCGAAGCUGACCUCGCGGACCAAAAGCCAACACUGGAGAAAAAGCUUCCGUGGUCAGACAUCGCGACGUCUUUGCCUGUGUUUGGUGUUGUAAUGGCGCACUUCGGCACCCACUGGUUGCAGUACGUUCUAGUCAGCGAGCUUCCUACUUAUCUGGGCACCGUGCUACACUUUGACAUUAGCAAGAACGGCUUCUAUUCUGCCCUCCCGUACGUGGGAGCCAUCGUCGCCGGUUCAGUAUCUGGCGUGGCUGCUGACUACAUGCGAAGUCGGCGGUACAUGUCCGCUACGGGGGUCCGGAAGCUUUUCAACGGUUUAGCUCAUUUCGUGCCGUCGGUGAUGCUGCUGAUAGUGCCUUCUGUGGGUGGCUGCAAUGGUUUCCUCAACUUAGUCCUGUUCGUUAUUGCUGGGACAGUGCGGGGAACGAGCGAAGCUGGAUAUAUGGCUAUCCCCGUCGACAUGGCUCCCGCUUACGCAGGUACCAUUCUGGGGAUAUGCGUUUGUAUCGGCAACACGACGGGCUUCAUUGUGCCGUACAUCACCGGGAUACUCACGGCAGGAGAGAACACAGUGACGCAAUGGAGCUACUCAUUCUACAUCGCGGGUGGCGUGGGCCUCUUCACGGGUCUAUGCUUCCAGUUGUUUGCUUCGGCUGAAGUUCAAAGCUGGGGUCUCGGGAAACGACGAUCAAUCAUUGACGACAAACAGCUCGUCCCGAACGGUGACGUGCAGGACUUCGAAGUUAAGACGGCCCUGUGAGCCCUCCCCGGCAUAGCAGCAUCAUUGAACUCUAUACGUCAUUCACAAGAGUCCCUGAAGUGCAGCUACAAGAAUUAUGAUAGGCAGUGCAUCUCUACCAAUAAGCGAGGCCAGUGAAUUUCCUGUCAUGCUCGAGGCCCGCGUGACAGGGGGCAAUUGAAGGCGCAAUGGAAUGAAAGUGCGUGUAACGGGGCGACUCUGGUCUACCCCGUGCCAUGAAAUGGAAAACCAUAAGGGCAGAAGGGCCAGUGGACCAUUGUGGGUAAAGAGGGAGUCCCAUCGCGACGCCUCGGGCAUACACCCUUCGUCAGAUGAAGGAUGCCCUUCAGCGUUAGAUCGAAGAGAGUUUCCCCACAGUGGGCUCGCUGGUUCUUCUGUCAUGGUUACCUUACGUGUGCACUAAUUGGUGAUAUAAUUGGAGCUCUGGUACCUGUCAACCAGUAUCUGGUGCAUUGUGCUGCAUUUGAGACGCGAAGAGGUAGUCGGCGUAUGUGAAGUGGAAAUGGUGGUAUUUCCAGUGGAUCAUCCCUUGCGGUUACAGGGACAACUGCUGACAGCUGCUGCCAAGUGAAAUGUUCUCUCUGCCUCCGCAACGCGUUCGUUGCCCUGCUCCACUGUUGUGGGCAGCAGUACCCCUGUGGCGCGUCUAGUCUAGGUGUGGUACUUCCGGUCAUACUUCAGUGACAGUGCACCUGAAGACGACCUGUGUUCUUGCGUUUUACACCGUUUAUGAUAAAUGAGUACUGGUGGGUCUUUUGAUGCUUAGGAUUUCGUAGAGACCUGAAGGCGCCUUGCAAGAUGUUUCUGUACAGUUCACUUAUGUAAAUAUUACUGUUGUGUGUUUUA